UAGGACACACCGUAGGCCUUAUGCAAAUCACCUGUCUAUCAGCUCAUGUGGGAUCGUGAAAAAGGUGAAGAGUCGUCCACUAACCCACUUUGCCAAAUGUUUAAAGUUUCUCCUCAGCAUCUAGAGGACACAAUUUGCUAUUUUGCUUUGUGCAAGACCUUCGAGAAGAAGCAGAAGACAAGAUCAGGAUACUUUCACACUCUCCUGGUGAAGAUAUUAAGAUGAGCACAGAGGCUGUGGAGCAGAGGGAUCCUCCGCAUGAACACACAGAUAUCGAACAAAACGGAAUCGACUUCACUCGACAGAUAAAGACAGAGGACCUGAACGAUUCUCCUCACUCCAACUCAUCACAUAAGGCAUGCCACCUAACACAGGUGUCACCAGUGCCAACAGGGCAGCUGCCUGGGGAGCUGCCAUCACUACACCCCCUGCCCCAGCUGGUCCUCAUGUCUGGAUCACACCUCACCCCCUCUUCCUCCUUCCUGCUCUCCCAGGCUCAGCCCACACAUCAAGCACUGCUGCAGCCAAAUCUCCUGUCCCUACCCUCUCAAGCACAGUCAGGUCUCCUGCAACACCAGCCUGGACUGGCCCUUACUCCUCAGGCAAUGAGUCGAACAGGCUUGGCUGGGUCCUCAAUGGACGGACACUUGGACAUGUCCCACUUACAGGUGCCUAAGCAUGUAGGUCCCUCACAGCAGGACGAGCCCAGUGACCUGGAGGAGCUGGAACAAUUUGCAAAGUCCUUCAAACAGAGACGCAUCAAGCUGGGCUUCACACAGGGUGACGUGGGUCUGGCUAUGGGCAAGCUGUAUGGUAAUGACUUCAGUCAGACCACCAUCUCCCGAUUUGAGGCACUCAACCUCAGUUUUAAGAACAUGUGCAAGCUCAAACCCCUCCUGGAGAAGUGGCUGAGUGAUGCAGAAAACUCCCCUUCCGAUUCAAUGGCCAAUCCUGCAACUUUACCACCUCUCCUGGAGGGCUAUGGAAGGAAGAGAAAAAAGAGGACCAGUAUUGAGACCAACAUCAAAAUGACAUUGGAGAAACGCUUCUUAGAUAAUCCCAAACCAAAUUCCGAGGAGAUCACUUUGAUCUCGGAGCAGCUAUCAAUGGAAAAGGAAGUGGUGCGGGUCUGGUUCUGCAACCGGCGACAGAAGGAAAAGAGGAUCUACAGCCCAAUGUCCACUUCACCUAUAAAAACACAUAACUACAAUGCUAGGCUGCCUCCCAGGCCGUUCAGUCCUCUAGCUUCAGGAGGAGUGUCAAGCAGCUCUUCUCCCAACAGCCCAAGCCGCGGUUCUUCCCCCAACACCCUGUCUACUUCAUCCAGUCCUCUGACAUCGCAGGGCGUCAACCAAUCCUUCACUCCUACAGGAUCCUGGUAUCGCUGGAAUGGCACUGCGUAUCACCACUGAGUGGUCCAGGAUAGUUUUGGGAGCAAAGAAGAAAUAAAUGAAAAUGACAAUGUUUACAGUUUGCUUAGUGGGUGAGCACCCAUGCAGAAGAAUGUCUUCUGAUUCCCACACAGUCUCCACACUGCUGGAGUGUUGAAGUACAUAGUUCCACACUAAGAAGGGGAAAAGUUUAAUUUCACAACUGCAAGACAUUUCAUCCAACUGUCUCUACUUGGGUCAUGAUCUGGAAGACAAGAUAAGUGGGCCAAUAGAUACUUCCAGUUUCUACGGUGGCCAUCAUGGCGCCAUUCUAUGAUGCCUGGAGUCAUGUUUGUACGGUUUGAAGAUGCUGUUUACACAACCAUUCUCAUGUCUAAUCCCAGUUGGGACGUUUCAAUAUGAAGGUGUAUAUAUUUAGUUCAAAUUAAACAACGUGAAGACGUCCUUCCUGUACCUAGCCACAAUGUUUGAAUUUAAAUAUGCAGAUAAGUGUGCAGUCAUCGCUGACAUAAUUUUGUAGCACUUGUUACCAAGGAGUCAGGUUUUGUUACAGGUUCAGAUUAUAAUCUUAAUCCAUUUCAUAUUUUCUAAGUGCUUGCUUUCUACAUGGAUUUUUUUUCUGUAUAUGUUUUUGAAGAAAGAAGUAGUGGAAAAUGAUGUUUGAAGUUUUUCUAACUUUUCCAUUUCAAUCGGGCUAAAGCAUUUGAAGUUCAAUAAUGUUCACGCUUUGCCUUCAUGACUUGUUUACCUACUAAUACUUUUGUUUUUUGCUUAUUCGUUUGUGUUUGUAAGGAAUGCUUUUUGAUUGGAACUGCAGUAACCACAUUGUAUAUUUCAGAGUUGAAAUUGAUGUUAUGAUUCACUGUUUAACACUUAUUAAACAGAUUAAUCAUUUAAA